UUUCUGCAGUAUUAAUACAAUUAAAGUCUUGUUCUUCUUCUUCACUAUCAAAAUCAAAAAUUCCAAAAGGUAUUUCAAAGUGUCUAUUAGACGAUUGUUGAUAUUGUUGUUGUAAUGGAUAUUCAGCUGUAUUAUUAAUAAAUUCUUCAAAAGUCUCGUUAUAAUAAGGAGGGGGUUCUUCUUCUCCUUGUUGUUGUCUUGGUAGGGAUUGUGCUCCUCCUUGUCUUCCUUCAAAUUCAAAAUCUAAAGGAUAAUAAUAACUUUUCUCGUUUUCUUCUUCAAAAAAUAAUUGUUGUUUCCACUUUUCUGUUAUUGUAUCAAAAUAUAAUUCUGAGGAAUAAAAUUCUUCUUGUCCUAAAGUUGAGGCUGAAGAAUAUUUAUGAUAUGUUUUUUGGGAUAAUGCUUUUUUUGUUGAAGAUGGAGAUGAGGAUGUUGAAGGAGGUGAGGGUGAAGUUGAGGGGAAUGAAAAAUUUGUUUUGUUGUUUUUUGUGGAUUCCUGGGAAGAGGUUUCUUCCUCUUUCAAUUCUUUGAGAGGGGCUUCUUGGAAGAGUUUUUCUUCUUUUUGUGAGUCUUCUUGUUGCUCUUCCUUAGGAGGGGCUUCUUGGAAGGUUUGCUCUUCUUGUUGCUCUUUGGAGGCUUCUUCCUUGUUAUUCUUCUCUUCAAUUAAUUUGCCUUCUUCCUUUUCUUUAUUCAGUUGGCUCCCAACUUCAGUCGAAUUGGAAUGCUCUUCUUUCUCUUCUUUCUUAUUUUCUUCCUUACUUUCUUCUCUCAACUGAUCGGAAGAAUUACUAGUAAUAUUCUCUUCCUUAUCUUCAAAAAGAUUUACAAUCUCUUCCGUGUUUUCUUCAAAAUUAGUUUCUUCCUCUACUUUUUCCUCCUUUUCCUCUUCUUCACUUAAUUGACUGUAAAUCUUGUCUUCUUCCUUUUCUUCCUCCCUUUUCUCCUCUGAUUUGUUUUCUUCACCUUUAUGUGAAGUACUUUGUUGUACCUCUUCCUUUUUGUCUUCUUUUUUUAAUUCAAAUUCUUCCUCACUACUACAAGUUGAUAACGUUUCUUCUUCUUCACUUGACUCAAUAUCGUUUUUAUUCGUCGCAAUUU